UGAAAUUAUUUGCAAGUCAAGAUCCACAAGGCGAAGUUGCAUAUUUAUUCCUUCCAUACUCAUCAGCCAAACAGAAUUAUUGACUGAAAUUUCCAUGAAUAAAUAUAAAAUAGAGACUGAAGGUAAUAAUACAUUGUUAUUUUCUCUCUCUUUUUGUAAUAUUUUUUAUUAAUUUUAGCAUACAAUUUUUUAAAAAAGACAUACCACAAAAAUUAUUAUACAUAUAUCCUUAUUUGGACUUCCUUCAGCAUCUCUGAUAGCUUUCCGUCUUAAUUAUUUCUCCUGCAAUUCUUAACCUAAUAUUGCCUUUACAUUUUCUAACAAACCAUUUCUUCCUUUCCAUUUUAACAAUAUUUCUUAAAUUAAGCCUCACAGAACUUCUUGUAGUCCUACAAACGUAAUUUGAUCAUCGCAAAUACUUUUCAGAUACUCAGUAUACUUAGUCCAGUCUUCGGUAAACCUCUGGUCUCGGAUCCUUCCUGUUAGCUUAUCUAAUUCUGCAUAGUCCAUCAAUUUCAUCCUCCAUUCUUCUAAUGUUGGUAGUUCUUCUUGCUUUCAUUUUUGGGCCAAUAAUAUUCUUGCUGCUGUUACUGCAUAUAAAAACAACUUACACUCUUUCCUUUUUAUAUCAUUUCCAACAAUACCUAGAAGAAAUGCUUCUGGCUUUUUAAUAAAAGUAUAUUUCAACCUUUUUUUAAACUCAUUCUAUAUCAUCUCCCAGAAGCAUUUCACCUUUUUACAUUCCCACCACAUAUGAUAAAAUAAUCCUUCUUUUUCUUUACAUUUCCAACAUUUACUUCUAACUUUAUGCAUUUUUGCUAACUUAACUGCUGUGAUGUACCAUCUAUACAUCAUCUUCAUCACGUUUUCUUUCAAUGCAUUACAUGCAGUAAAUCUCAAACCUUUCCAUAAUUUGAGCCAUAAUUUGUUAUUUUUUGUUAUUUGGAAAAACGCUACUGAAAAUGGUGGUUCAUGGACCAGUGCCUGUAUGUAAGCAAUUGGCUGCUGGUUUGUGGUGAUUUCCCAGGAAUUCCAGCAGUAGGAAGGGAAGGGAAAGGGCAGGAAGAGAAGAGGAGGACAAAGAAAACUACCUGCCUAUCUGCAAGACCGUAGCUAGGGGGUGGCAAGAUGGGCCCCCACCAUGGGGCACAGGCGAUGGGGGGGCACAUAAUUGGCUUAAAAAUAUGUCCUUACAUAUAAAUAUUGAUUAUUGCCUCAUAAGAAAUGGUUUUAAAUAGAGGGUGAAUUGAAUGGGUGGAGGGGUUGGGGUUGGAGGAGAGAUGGAAAGAAGAGCAUAUUUGUCCAUGGCUAGGGGGCGCAAUCUGGACAGUUCUGCCAGGGGCACAAGAUCACCUAGUUACGGCUCUGCCUAUCUGCUUAUGUCAAGGGGGAGGGGGCUGGAGUUGCUGCUGCUGCUGCUUGGGAGUUGGAAGACAGGGUCCUUGGAAACAUUGAGCCAGGGGAGGGAGGAGAAACCCAUAAAGAAGCAAGGAGUGUCUGGCGGCCCCCUCAGGAGCAGUUCAGCAGACUCCCUUACCUGGACCUUGUGUAUGGACCUUGUUAAGCUGGCAUCUGUACUCUUUAGUUAAGUACUUGCCUUCCAUUCUCAGACACAGACAUGCAGUCACUGAAUGGUUAAUUCAUAUUUGAAUGCAACAAGGGUUCAGCUACCGUGUUUAAUUGUGUCUUGGGUUGUAUGGGUUUUUUGGCUGUUGUGAGUUUCAUUCUGGCUGUCCUAGCCAAAAAGUUACCUGAUGGUUUUAAUAAGAAUAAGUAUACAAAUGAUACACUAUUGUUGUGUCAAGAACAUGCUACAGAAUAACCCCACAAUAAAACACCAGUCUGGAUGGGUCCGUUGUUUCUUUCCAUCUAUCUACCCCUGCCCAAACAAGCUGACCCACUUAGAAUAUAACUCAGAUUAAUCACCCUUCUUAAUAGUCAACAGCCACCAAUUGUUAUUGAUGUUGUUGGCUUUUCUAUCUAUGCAUAUUUUUAUGGUUGGCAUGUAAAGGUUUGACUGGAAGGUUAAGUCCAGUCAAAGGCAACUGUGGGGUUGCGACGCUCAUCUUGCUUCAGAUCGAGGGAGCCAGCAUUUGUCCACAGACACCUUUCCGCGUCACGUGGCCAGCAUGGCUAAACCGCUUCUGGCCGCUUCUGGGAAAUGAUAUAUAAAGAAUUGAAAAAAUGUUGAAAUAUACAUUUGUUAAGAAACCAGAGGCAUUUUUGUUAGGAAUGGUAGGAAAUGAAAUAAACAGAAAAGAUUACAAGUUUUUUCUAUACGCAGUAACAGCGGCAAGAAUACUGCUAGCCCAAAAAUGGAAACAAGAAGAAUUACCGUCGAUGGAAGAAUGGAGAAUGAAGUUAAUGGAAUACGCAGAACUUGAUAAACUAACAAGAAGGAUCCGAGGCCUACGAGACCACAGAUUCACUGAAGACUGGAGUAAAUUUGUAGACUAUUUGAAAAGUAUUUGCGAUGAACAAUUAACAGUUUGUAGGUUUGCAAGAGGCUCUGUGAAAAUAAUAUCAGAAAUAUUGUAAAAAAGGGAAUAAGAGGGAGGAGGUUUUUAAUAAAAGGCAAUAUUAGAUUAAGAAAUGUGAAGAAGGACUAAAACGGAGGAUUUGCAGAAGAGCUGAGGGAACUCCCAAAAAUGUAUUUGUGAAAAAUUGUGUGAUGUGUUUUUAUAUUUUUGUAUUGUAAAAUGAAUAAAAAAUAAUUUAAAAAAAAUAAACCGCUUCUGGCCAACGGAAACGCUGUUACCUUCCCAUUGCAGUGGUACCUAUUUAUCUACUUGCACUGGCAUGCUUUUGAACUGCUAGGUUGGCAGGAGCUGGGACAAAGGAACGGGAGAUCACCCCAUCAUGGGGCCUCAAACUGCCGAACUUCUGAUCAGCAAGCCCAAGACGCUCAGUGGUUUAGACCAAAGUGAUUGUACUAAGAGUUAUUAUGCAGCCCCAAGUCAGCACCAUUACUCUUUUUCAUAGACCCAAGAGAAGACAGACAAAGAAUGUCCUUUCGAUGUUUUAUUCACUCUCACAUUUGUUAAUACACUUAUAUGUAGUAAAUCACUUCAAUAUAUGCAUCCUAGUCUCAUACUCUAGCACUAGUUGAUACACUAUUCUUAUGCAGCACAAGCUUAAGACUUGUUGAUAGACCAAACAGCAAGUUAGAGUCUUACUGAACCAUGAGCUUUCUGAUGUUGUAGUCAGAUGAGGUGUGCUUCUCUGUCAAAUAUGAAACUCAGCCAGAUGGGCUGGGUAUAAAUAAAUAAAUUAUUAUUAUUGUUAUUAUUAUUAUUAUUAUUAUUAUUGCUAUCAAACCUUCUCCAGAGAAUUCAGCAGCAUUUUUGUGUAAUAUCCUAAUUGCAAUGUAAUUUCCCCUUUAAAACCUUUUACAAGAAAUUUACCUCAAUAGAAUGCAUCUGUAUGUUAUUUUCACCAACACAUAUGACUUUAUUGAUGUAUUGAGUGCUUGUGCUUCAGCGUCCAGUGUUGUGAUGUAUCACAGGCCACUGUUUUGUUCAUAAUGCUAUUUAGCAUCUAUAUGAAGCUAUUUGUAGAGCUUAGGAUGUUUGAGGAAAGCUAUCACAGAAUCAUAGAAUUAUAAAGUUGGAAGGGACACCAAGGGUCAUCUAGUUCAACCCCUGCACUGCAGGAAUCUCAACUAAAGCAUCCAUGACAGGUGGCCAUCCAAUAUUUGCUUAAAAACCUCCAAGGAAAUCUGAAUGCUCUGUGGAUGAACUUAACUCUAGCACUGGUCAGAUCUGAAUCUACCAGGCUAUAUAACGCUGGCUACUUAUUAUUCAUCAAAGGACAAAAUAAUAUGUCUAUGAUUCUGGUGGAAAGAAGAAAAAAUCUUCUAGCACUUUUGUUAUGUGUGAUAUAACUUCAGAAGUCAACAACACACUGGGGAAAUGAUAAUCAUACCUGUUAAUGUCAUUGACAUUCAGCACAUGCUAGCAACACACCAAAAAAACAAGAUUCUGAAAAAGAGCUAUAAAACCCUUGUAUCCUUCAGAACUAGGUCCAGGUAUUGGCAGGGCUCCAUCAUUCUUCUGUUAGAUAAUCUCUCUUAUAUGUUAGGUUAUAUAUCCACUUCCUGGCUUUAGAAAUGAUAUGCAAUGCAGUAGAAGGUACCAUGGAAACUGAUAUUUGGAAGGGGCAUUUUGUCAACAGGAUCAUGAUGAUGAUGAUGUUGCUUAUAUUGUUGUGUCAUACUGUAUGCAAGACAUAUUUCAUUAAUUGCAGCAUACAUGAUGAUCGUCUCCCUAUUCCUUAUGAAUUUUACCAAUGAGGUGACCGUUUCAUUGGUGGGAUUGUUUCUCAAGUCGUGUUCUUCUAUAAUACACCCUCUUUCAUGGAAUAGCCUUCACAGAUUGUGAUUGGCGAGGGUAUGUAAGACACCAUCCUCCUCCUCCACCUCCUCUCUCUUUCUUUCUCUCUGUCACACACACACACACACACACACACACACACACUUUUGUAAUAUUUUCAGAUCAUAGUUACCAUAACACAUAUUUAAUGAAUAUUGCAUUUAUUUAUUGUGGGUGUGAUGAAAGUGUCAUGCUGGCAAUGCUUGGACUGGUUAGUCAAUAUUUUGCCCUCUAUAUUCUAUUGCUGGGCACAAGACAUUAGUAAGCCUUUCCUCAUAAGUGCCAAUGAAAUGAAUGAAUGAAUGGAUCUGGUAUACUUCUGUUUGCCCCUGCAAAAUGACCUCCUAGAGGAAUAUACAGUGGUACCUUGAUAGUGCUCCUAUCAUAAACAUCACAUGUUUAUUUAACCAGACUGAUCCAUUUUUGUUCUACAAAGGGUCCUUUUCUGCAUCUCCUACCUCCCAAAAAUUAAUACAGCUCCAAGGCUUCAGCAAAACUUAAUCUGACCUGCUUAUGGCAGAAUCAAGAUCCCCAUGUUCAAGGGGGAAGUCAUUUUGUAACUAUUCUCUUUUUCUAUUUCCAUUGGACAAAUUAUAUCAUUUAGGGAAAACUCAUAUAGUAUUCUGAACAAGGGCCUUGCUUUGCCUUAAAGUAACUCGGUCUCAAUUCACCUCAACAUGACUCUGAUGCAUCUUUUUAUACAAUAUGUGAAGGAGCACAGCCAAUAAACCACUUGCAUAAGAGACUGGUUGAAUUGUGGUAGGAUGAAAGUGAUACCUGCUCCACCUGCAUAUACAAGUCAUUAUCACAUAUUAUUUUAUGUUUAUAGAGGGAGGAAAAUAACAUGGCAGAGUUCUUUUUCAACUUACAUUCAUUAGAAUUUGUGCAUAAUAUUCAUGUUAUUAAGUUGUGUGGCGAGUUCCCGCCCCCCAGUGGAAAUAAUGACACAUGACAGAAUUAUUAAGGUUAAUGGGCUAAAUAAGGCCACAACUUUAUUGGUUACAGGUGAUGAGUGGUAUUGGCUUAGGCAUUGGUCCAGCAGACUAGAUCCGACUUCAGCCCAUCCACCUGAAGUCCAGGAAGGGUUAACCACCAGUAGGGGAAGUCCUGCUGACACACAUCAACUAGGAACUCCCCCAGGGUCACCAAUUGGGGGGCCUUAGGCCAUCACAUCCAUAGGCUUCGGACAGGGCCACCCCCCCGGAAUCCUUUAUCAAUAUACGGGGCAGGUGAUGGCGCUACGUCCCCUCUUUCAUCUACAGAGCAAUACCAAUGCAUAACCACCAAUAACAAGAAAGUUGUGAUGAUUUGCUAUGAGGUAGGCAAAAACCAAGUGGCUGGUGCCAAUUUGCCAGGACCCUCAACGGCGACCAACCAAGGUCCAUAGCAAGGUCAAGGAACGAAAACCUUAUAGGGUGGGAGGGUGGGAAAAGCAGCAACAGCUGGUAGGCAGCAAAGAGGGAGAUCCCUGGCUGCGUCCUGGUUUAAAUCAGGCAGGCCACACCCCCAGAGCCAGCUGAUUGCCUGGCCAGGAAGUGACACGGCCGGGAAUCCCCCCGCGCGCGUGGUGGGGCCGUGAAGCCCGCUACUCCACCUCCUCUGAAGGGCGGAAGUGGCUUUUCUCUCUUUCCAAGAGAAUAGAAACCACAUUGAACUAAGUACAAGUGAAUGAUUUUACUCUGAUUUUGGGAAAAUAUAAUACCAUACCCUCCAACACGGUGAUAGCAAAAUCCAGGGGAAAUCUUACCGGACACCAUAUUCCCAUUAUUUUCUCAUGAAUGAAUGGCGGGGGUUUUGGUUGUCAUGAUCUCACAUGAUUUUGGAAGACAAUUUCCCCAAGGAAUGGUGCCCAAAAAUGUGUGUUUGUGGGCACUGUGCAAGAUUGCACGACCCCAACCCUUUAAAAAGUGAUGGGGGGUUUCGAGAGGGAAAAUUGUGGUGCAAAAUCUUGCAAGACCUUGGUGACCAAAAAUGCCACUGGCCUCUCAUGAUAAAAAUUGGGAUACAUCAAUUUUUCUGAGACACUUUCUGGGUAUGCCAUACAAGUUUACCAGACUGUUCAAUUCCCACUGUAUUUCCAGUUGUUUCUCUGUAUGUAGCAGAGACAGCAAUGUCUGCAGAUGGGGAGAUGAUUAUCACCCCUAUAAUUAUGGACACAUAAUUGCCCUGCUAAACAAACUCCAGAAAAUGCAUGUUCAAGGCCUUGAGAAUAUAAACCACAACAAUAAAAGUACUUAUAAGAGUCUUCUCCAAUGCUCAGAGCUGGCACAAAGCAUAAAGGGCAGGAAAGGCCCUGUCAUUCUGAGCUCUAACAGUUUUACGAUAAGUUUGCAGUCUUUGGGUGUGCUGUGGUUUCUUCCAGACUAAACAUAUUUUGAGUAGCUUGAACAAUCUGCACCCCACUGUAUCUGUUUCUCCCAGCAGUGCCUCACUUACAGAUCCUCCUAAUAAAGAAAAUACAACUUCUGUGUGCAGGCAGAAAAAAAAGUACAAUCUUGCAGUUAAGAACUGAGGUGCAUUAAAUAGGGGAGAAAUCAAUUAAAAUCAAUUAAAAAACAUGAAAUAGGAGCGGAGGAGAUGGAUGCAGUCACCUUCUUACAUCAACUGAUCAAUGUAGGAAUGGGGUCACAUCUUGUCAAAUUAAGUUGAAAUAAACUCAUCUGAAUAAAAGUGGCAUUGAAGAAAACAGUGACGUGAGUCUGGAAGCAAUUUAUUGUCCCCAAAAUGCUGAUGUUAUUGAUGCUGCUGCUUGUUUUUUUCCCCCAUAUUGUGAGCAAGAGCCAUUCAAUUCUUUCCAGCCUGAAGAUGCGUUUUGACCAAUGCAAAGUAAGUAACACCUACUUCACUUCACAGGAGUUUUCUCAGCCAGGAAAUCUUGUCAUCGGGUUUAUUGCUUCUCGGUUUUACAUGAUGCACUUCCCUACAAUUUCAUCUGA